AUGCUACCUUCUGCUUCUAGUGCCAUUUGGGGAAUUCCAAAUAUCCCAGUAGAGAAAAAUGACGACACCAAUAACACCGAAAAUCAUCAAAGCAAUGACCUUGUAGAGGAAAAUCAUUACACUGAUGAAAUUUUAAAGGAAAAUGUCGAAACCACAAGUACUUUAGAGGAAUCUCAGUCCAUGAGAAGCAGUUUAGAGGAACAUCGAGAUACCAACAUUACUGUAGGGGAAAAUCAAGUCAUCAACACUACUGUACAGGAAAAUCAAGAGAUCAACAAUGUUGUAGAUGAAUAUCAAUUCAUCAACACUACUGUAGAGGAAAAUCAAGUCACCAACAAUACUGUAGAGAAAAAUAAAGUCAUCAAUACUACUGUAGAGGAAAAUCAAGGCAUCAACACUACUGAAGAGGAAAAUCGAUUCAUCAACACUACUAUAGAUGAAAAUCGAUUCAUCAACACUUCUGUAGAGGAAAAUCAAUUCAUCAACACUUCUGUAGAGGAAAAUCAAGUCAUCAACACUACUGUAGAGGACAAUCAAGUCAUCAACACUACUGUAGAGGAAAAUCCGGACACCAACACUACUGUAGAGGAAAAUCAAUUCAUCAACACUACUGUAGAGGACAAUCAAGUCAUCAACCAUACUGUAGAGGAAAAUCAAUUCAUCAACACAACUGUUGAGGAAAAUCAAUUCAUCAACGCUACUGUAGAGGUCAAUCAAGACAUCAACGCUACUGUAGAGGACAAUCAAGUCAUCAACACUACUGUAGAGGAAAAUCAAGUCAUCAACACUACUGUAGAGGAAAAUCAAAUCAUCAACACUACUGUAGAGGAAAAUCCGGACACCAACACUACUGUUGAGGAAAAUCAAUUCAUCAACACUACUGUAGAGGACAAUCAAGUCAUCAACACUACUGUAGAGGACAACCAAGUCAUCAACGCUACUGUAGAGGACAAUCAAGUCAUCAACACUACUGUAGAGGAAAAUCAAUUCAACAACACUUCUGUAGAGGAAAACCAAUUCAUGAACACUACUGUAGAGGACAAUCAAGCCAUCAACACUACUGUAGAGGACAAUCAAGUCAUCAACACUACUGUAGAGGAAAAUCAAGUCAUCAACACUGCUGUAGAGGAAAAUCAAAUCAUCAACACUACUGUAGUGGUCAAUCAAGACAUCAACACUAUUGUAGAGGAAAAUCAAGACAACACUACUGUAGAGGAAAAUCAAGACAUCAACACUACUGUACAGGGCAAUCAAGUCAUCAACACUACUGUAGAGGAAAAGCAAGACAACACUACUGUAGAGGAAAAUCAAGACAACACUACUGUAGAGGAAAGUCAAUUCAUUAAUGCUACUGUAGAGGAAAAUCAAGUCAUCAACACUACUAUAGAGGAAAAUCAAUUCAUCAACACUACUGUAGAGGAAAAUCAAUUCAUCAACACUACUGCAGAGGACAAUCAAGUCAUCAACACUACUGUAGAGGAAAAUCAAAUCAUCAACACUACUGUAGUGGUCAAUCAAGACAUCAACACUACUGUACAGGACAAUCAAGUCAUCAACACUACUGUAGAGGAAAAUCAAGUCAUCAACACUACUGUAAAGGAAAAUCAAAUCAUCAACACUACUGUAGAGGAAAAUCCGGACACCAACACUACUGUUGAGGAAAAUCAAUUCAUGAACACUACUGUAGAGGACAAUCAAGUCAUCAACACUACCGUAGAGGACAAUCAAGUCAUCAACGCUACUGUAGAGGACAAUCAAGUCAUCAACACUACUGUAGAGGAAAAUCAAUUCUUCAAUGCCAUUGUAGAGGUAAAUCAAAUCAUCAACAUUACUGUAGAGGAAAAUCCGGACACCAACACUACUGUUGAGGAAAAUCAAUUCAUCAACACUACUGUAGAGGACAAUCAAGUCAUCAACACUACUGUAGAGGACAAUCAAGUCAUCAACGCUACUGUAGAGGACAAUCAAGUCAUCAACACUACUGUAGAGGAAAAUCAAUUCAACAACACUUCUGUAGAGGAAAACCAAUUCAUGAACACUACUGUAGAGGACAAUCAAGCCAUCAACACUAUUGUAGAGGACAAUCAAGUCAUCAACACUACUGUAGAGGAAAAUCUGGACACCAACACUACUGUAGAGGAAAAUCAAUUCAUCAACACUACUGUAGAGGACAAUCAAGUCAUCAACCAUACUGUAGAGGAAAAUCAAUUCAUCAACACAACUGUUGAGGAAAAUCAAUUCAUCAACGCUACUGUAGAGGUCAAUCAAGACAUCAACGCUACUGUAGAGGACAAUCAAGUCAUCAACACUACUGUAGAGGAAAAUCAAGUCAUCAACACUACUGUAGAGGAAAAUCAAAUCAUCAACACUACUGUAGAGGAAAAUCCGGACACCAACACUACUGUUGAGGAAAAUCAAUUCAUCAACACUACUGUAGAGGACAAUCAAGUCAUCAACACUACUGUAGAGGACAAUCAAGUCAUCAACGCUACUGUAGAGGACAAUCAAGUCAUCAACACUACUGUAGAGGAAAAUCAAUUCAACAACACUUCUGUAGAGGAAAACCAAUUCAUGAACACUACUGUAGAGGACAAUCAAGCCAUCAACACUACUGUAGAGGACAAUCAAGUCAUCAACACUACUGUAGAGGAAAAUCAAGUCAUCAACACUGCUGUAGAGGAAAAUCAAAUCAUCAACACUACUGUAGUGGUCAAUCAAGACAUCAACACUAUUGUAGAGGAAAAUCAAGACAACACUACUGUAGAGGAAAAUCAAGACAUCAACACUACUGUACAGGGCAAUCAAGUCAUCAACACUACUGUAGAGGAAAAGCAAGACAACACUACUGUAGAGGAAAAUCAAGACAACACUACUGUAGAGGAAAGUCAAUUCAUUAAUGCUACUGUAGAGGAAAAUCAAGUCAUCAACACUACUAUAGAGGAAAAUCAAUUCAUCAACACUACUGUAGAGGAAAAUCAAUUCAUCAACACUACUGCAGAGGACAAUCAAGUCAUCAACACUACUGUAGAGGAAAAUCAAAUCAUCAACACUACUGUAGUGGUCAAUCAAGACAUCAACACUACUGUACAGGACAAUCAAGUCAUCAACACUACUGUAGAGGAAAAUCAAGUCAUCAACACUACUGUAAAGGAAAAUCAAAUCAUCAACACUACUGUAGAGGAAAAUCCGGACACCAACACUACUGUUGAGGAAAAUCAAUUCAUGAACACUACUGUAGAGGACAAUCAAGUCAUCAACACUACUGUAGAGGACAAUCAAGUCAUCAACGCUACUGUAGAGGACAAUCAAGUCAUCAACACUACUGUAGAGGAAAAUCAAUUCUUCAAUGCCAUUGUAGAGGUAAAUCAAAUCAUCAACAUUACUGUAGAGGAAAAUCCGGACACCAACACUACUGUUGAGGAAAAUCAAUUCAUCAACACUACUGUAGAGGACAAUCAAGUCAUCAACACUACUGUAGAGGACAAUCAAGUCAUCAACGCUACUGUAGAGGACAAUCAAGUCAUCAACACUACUGUAGAGGAAAAUCAAUUCAACAACACUUCUGUAGAGGAAAACCAAUUCAUGAACACUACUGUAGAGGACAAUCAAGCCAUCAACACUAUUGUAGAGGACAAUCAAGUCAUCAACACUACUGUAGAGGAAAAUCAAGUCAUCAACACUGCUGUAGAGGAAAAUCAAAUCAUCAACACUACUGUAGUGGUCAAUCAAGACAUCAACACUAUUGUAGAGGAAAAUCAAGACAACACUACUGUAGAGGAAAAUCAAGACAUCAACACUAUUGUACAGGGCAAUCAAGUCAUCAACACUACUGUAGAGGAAAAGCAAGACAACACUACUGUAGAGGAAAAUCAAGACAACACUACUGUAGAGGAAAGUCAAUUCAUUAAUGCUACUGUAGAGGAAAAUCAAGUCAUCAACACUACUAUAGAGGAAAAUCAAUUCAUCAACACUACUGUAGAGGAAAAUCAAUUCAUCAACACUACUGCAGAGGACAAUCAAGUCAUCAACACUACUGUAGAGGAAAAUCAAAUCAUCAACACUACUGUAGUGGUCAAUCAAGACAUCAACACUACUGUAGAGGACAAUCAAAUCAUCAACACUACUGUAGAGGACAAUCAAGUCAUCAACACUACUGUACAGGACAAUCAAGUCAUCAACACUACUGUAGAGGAAAAUCAAUUCAACAACACUUCUGUAGAGGAAAACCAAUUCAUGAACACUACUGUAGAGGACAAUCAAGCCAUCAACACUACUGCAGAGGACAAUCAAGUCAUCAACACUACUGUAGAGGAAAAUCAAGUCAUCAACACUACUGUAGAGGUAAAUCAAAUCAUCAACACUACUGUAGUGGUCAAUCAAGACAUCAACACUAUUGUAGAGGAAAAUCAAGACAACACUACUGUAGAGGAAAAUCAAGACAACACUACUGUACAGGGCAAUCAAGUCAUCAACACUACUGUAGAGGAAAAUCAAGACAACACUACUGUAGAGGAAAAUCAAGACAACACUACUGUAGAGGAAAGUCAAUUCAUUAAUGCUACUGUAGAGGAAAAUCAAGUCAUCAACACUACUAUAGAGGAAAAUCAAUUCAUCAACACUACUAUAGAGGAAAAUCAAGUCAUCAACACUACUGUAGAGGACAAUCAAGUCAUCAACACUACUGUAGAGGAAAAUCCGGACACCAACACUACUGUUGAGGAAAAUCAAUUCAUCAACACUACUAUAGAGGAAAAUCAAGUCAUCAACACUACUGUAGAGGAAAAUCAAUUCAUCAACACUACUGCAGAGGACAAUCAAGUCAUCAACACUACUGUAGAGGAAAAUCAAAUCAUCAACACUACUGUAGUGGUCAAUCAAUACAUCAACACUACUGUACAGGACAAUCAAGUCAUCAACACUACUGUAGAGGACAAUCAAGUCAUCAACACUACUGUACAGGACAAUCAAGUCAUCAACACUACUGUAGAGGAAAAUCAAGACACCAACACUACUGUAGAGGAAAAUCAAGACAUCAGUGACAAUGUAGCCGACAAUCAGAAAUCUAGGCAUUCUAGAGUGCAUAAAACCAAGUUUUGUUAUGAUCAUUGCGUUAAUGAUAUCUAUAGAGAUGAAUGCUAUUCUUAA